GCGCGUGCGAUCUCGCGACGCGCGAGCUCCAGUCCAGCAGCGACAGAGGCAAGAUGGCGGCGCAGGAGAGCCAGUCCACUCAGCAAGCCGCCCUCAGCAACGGCGAGGUGAGCAGCAAUGGGGCUGCAGGAGGGGACCAGACAGUCCAGACGGCACAGAACCCACAGCAGCAGCAGCAGCCGCCGCCACAGCCGCCUCCCAACGCCUGGCAGGUCAUCAAGGGAGUCCUGUUCAGGAUUUUCAUCAUCUGGGCGAUCAGCAGCUGGUUUCGCCGAGGGCCCUCCACGCCGGACCAGAGCUCUAAGGUGAAGCAGAAUGGAUCCCUGUACAUCCACGUUUAUUUCACCAAGAGCGGGUUCCACCCGGACCCCAAGCGCAAGGGCCAGUACCGCCGCCUGGCCACAGUCCACGUGUCGCGGAUGCUAAACAAGUACAAACGCAGAAGGUUUCUAAAGACGAAGAACCUGUUAACUGGAGAGACGGAGGCAGACCCAGAGAUGAUUAAGCGGGCAGAGGACUUCGGCCCUGUGGAGGUGAUCUCACACUGGCACCCCAACCUAACCAUCAACAUGGUUGACGAUCACACAGCCUGGGUGAAGGGGGCAGUCCCACCGCCCCUGGAUCAGUAUGUGAAGUUCGACGCCGUGAGCGGGGACUACUACCCCAUUGUGUAUUUCAAUGACUACUGGAACCUGCAGAAGGAUUACUUCCCUGUUAAUGAGUCCCUGGACCUCCUGCCUCUGCGCCUGUCCUACUGCCCUCUGUCGCUGUGGCGCUGGCAGCUCUACGCUGCACAGAACACCAAGUCCCCCUGGAACUUCCUGGGAGAGGACAUGUAUGAGCAGUCGGAUGAAGACCAGGACUCUGUGAAGGUGGCCCUGCUGGAGACCAACCCUUAUCUCCUGGGGUUGACCAUCGUGGUGUCCAUUGUACACAGCAUCUUCGAGUUCCUGGCCUUCAAGAACGAUAUUCAGUUCUGGAACAGCCGGCAGUCUCUGGAGGGGCUCUCCGUGCGCUCCGUCUUCUUCGGGGUGUUCCAGUCCCUUGUAGUGCUGCUCUACAUCCUGGAUAACGAAACCAACUUCGUGGUGCAGGUCAGCGUGUUCAUUGGGCUGCUCAUCGACUUCUGGAAGAUCACCAAAGUCAUGGACGUCAGGCUGGACAGAGAAAACCGAGUGGCAGGAGUGUUCCCACGCUUAACAUUCAAAGACAAGUCCACAUAUGUGCAGUCCUCCACCAAAAUCUAUGACGAUAUGGCGUUUCGGUAUCUGUCCUGGCUCCUCUUCCCAUUACUGGGCUGCUAUGCUAUUUAUAGCUUGUUAUACGUAGAGCACAAAGGAUGGUAUUCUUGGGUUCUAAGCAUGCUCUAUGGCUUUUUGUUAACCUUUGGGUUCAUCACAAUGACUCCUCAGCUCUUCAUUAACUACAAGCUGAAGUCAGUCGCUCACCUCCCAUGGAGGAUGCUCACCUACAAAGCUCUGAACACCUUCAUCGACGACCUGUUCGCCUUUGUCAUUAAGAUGCCCAUGAUGUACAGAAUAGGCUGCCUCAGAGACGAUGUGGUGUUCUUCAUCUACCUGUACCAGCGAUGGAUCUACCGCGUGGAUCCCAACCGCGUGAACGAGUUUGGGACAAGUGGGGUGGAUCACACGACGGGAAAGCCCGAGCAGGUGGCCGGGACGGAGGGCGUGGCCAUCACAGACAAACCAGAGGGAGAGAAGAAGAACGAUUAACUAACCUCAUCUUUAUAACGAGAGAUUUAAGAAUAAUUAAUGCAGAAAUUAAUGUUUCAUUUGACGGGGCAUCGGGGACAGGAGAUAAUGGACACUAAACAAAUUGGUAAACUAUCCUUUGGAUAUGACAGAUAAAGUAUAUAUAAACUUUUUCCAGAUUUUUUUUAUAUUUUUUUGGAAGAUUCAGUGAAGUAUAACGUGACGUACUGUAUUUGUUUUUUGAUAUGGGAUGGGGGCAGGGUGGGGGGGGCAACACAUAUCUCCAUAUUUAAAACUACAGAGCCACUGCUGUCUGUUCCGUUGUGAAUUCCAUUCCAUUGUGAGAGCGUCGGGUAUGAUCUACUGCUGACCAGUAUGGCUGAGAUUUCAGUGUCUGCCGAGUACAACCGUUUAGGAAGAUUGUGUGUAAAACAGCCAGGGAGGGAGAGGAGGGGCACUGGUUUCUAAAAUCCUUGAUGUUUCAGAAUUUUAACAAAAAGCCUUGUAGGUAAAAAAACAUUCUAAUGAUUAUUUGAUUUUCAGUCACUGGAUUUUUGUUGUAUAUGUAUGUCCUAAACUGUACAGACUCUAGGCUUGUACCUUAAUUACACUGAUGUCAGUUGUUUAGCAGUAGCUGAUGUGCAAAAAGUAAUUCUGAGCAAGACUGAUGUUUUUAAUUAUUUCAAGGUGACACCCAUAUCGCAUUGUGUUAGAAGGCCAGGCCAGGCUCGUUUGUAUAAACUCCACAACACUUCCUGGUGUUUGGCUGACUUCUUGUGCCAUACAUCACAACAGUGUUUGACUUGGCACAUACUCUUGAUAGAGUAAUUUGAAAUUUUUAAUUAUCUGUACAAGUCUAAAAAGUGAUCAUAAAAUCAGUUUUUAAAAACCAAUUACUAUGAAAUUUAAUUGACGUCGUUAAAGACAUGCCUACUACUGUAUAUCGCAUUCAGUGAAAUUAACAUUUUAAAUGGCACCAGAUUUGGGUCCAAAUUCACACCCCACUAUGGAGAAGGGAUGUCCGUUGGUACUAGACAGUCAAGGUCCUGCUGCUCAGCCUGGCUCAGUGAAACACUACUCCAUCAGAGACCUCAUUCUUGGGUCUUUAUAGUUACAAGCCAAUAAAAUGAAAGAAUCUGUAUAAGUCCAUUACUGGUGGGUAUUGUGGCUGAGUUUUUAUUAGGCUAAAUCCUCUCUCUGGGGACUGUCAGUUUCUGGAGCCUGAGCUGCAGCUGGAGUUCAAGGUGUAUGUGCUGGUGUCCUGUUCUCUUCCUGGUGGUGGAGGCUUCCAGAGAGGAACUGGGAAAAGUCCAUCGCAGAGGGCGCGAUGGUGAGCAGACGCUUCACUUGUACCAACUCACAAGCUCUCAAACGCUGCCUGGAUUGGAGAUAUUGCGUCGUGCUGUGCAAUGAAGCCUGGGAGGCCGUUUUAAAAGUUAUAUUGAAUCCACAGCUAUUUUAAUCGUGAAAAUAUAUCGAUGCAGACAUA